AUGGCGCUGGUCACAACACUCGUGAAUGUGAGGGUGUCGAUGUUGGCACUGGUGACAAAGGACCUGUUGACGGACGUGGUGAUGCUGGGCCCCGUCAUGCUGCCCAGCGUCUCGGUGCUCAGCUCCGUCGCGCUGCUCAGGGUCGAGGUGCAGGUCGCAGACGUGUUGCUGAAGGCCCGCUCCAUCCUCGGCGCCCUCGACCCGCAGGUGGUGACCCUCACCGCUGCCAUCCUGUUCGAUCCCUCCGCGCUCGUCUGUGUCGUGUUUGUGGCGGCAGCCUGGGCGCUCUUCCUGAAGAAGAACGCGGACCCCGACUGGGCGCCGGUCGUCGGAGGCAUAGCACUGGGCCCCACGCAGAGGUGGCUCAUACUGGCCUGCGGCACGGCACUGCUGCUGUUCCUGGUGGCCGGCACCGUGAUCAUACACGCCGCCUUGCUCUACGCGGCGGCAGCUCUGGUGCACGGCGUGCUGCACGACCCUUCGGACUGCCACGAGACCAUCCUCGGGGGACGCCACCCCAGACUCAUGGUGCCCCUCUGAGCGCCCCCCAGCCGCGCGGCGAGCUCGGCCGCGCGCGGCCGGCCGGCCCCUCGGGGGCAGUGCGCAUGUCCCAGCCACGCGCAGAGGGGAGCAGGGGGAGGGGGGAGGCUUCUCAGCAGGAGGCUUCCCCCCCUGCUUCCUCUGCGCGCCGCCAAAUGUUGAGACGCAGCACGUGCCGCACUCAACACUGCCGUGUUGACCCGCUGCGUGUUGGCUCGGCGCGUGUUGGCCCGCGUUCUGGCGAACGUAUCGCGCCAGGCCUACGGCUUCAGCCUGCGUGUUGAGCUCCGUGCCGCCACGCUGCGGGCUGCGUGUUGCGCACCGGGCCGGCUGCGGCCUCUUCUGCCCCUCGGAUCUCGCGACGGAGAACAAACGGCGUAAAUGUACAGCCGGGGCCCUGCAGAAGGAACCCUUUUCGUUGGGGAGGGGCUCGGUGUGC